AUGCGCUCUCUGCUCGUUGCACGACUUGUGGCGGCAACCUGCGUGCUCACUGCGGUGCAUGCGGAAGUGGCAACUCUGUAUCCAGAUGCCGACAUCUCUAUUUUCGAGGCCUUUGCGGGCAUCAGUACCUAUUACAGCAAUGCACUCGGUGGAUUGUUUGCUGGGAACACUGGUGGUAAUCUGGCGCGCCGUGCCCUCUUCCACUUUGAUGUCGGCCAAGUCAUCCCCGAAGGGUCCAUCGUGCACUCAGCCAGUCUGACCAUAUUCAUGGAUAAGUAUCCUGCUGGUGUAUCACGCACUGAUACCUUUACCCUGCAUAGUUUGACGCGUGCGUUCGGAGAAGGCACCUCCUACGCCAAUGGCGGGCAAGGGGCACCGCCAACUGUCAACGAUGCCACUUGGGAGUAUGCCAGCUAUAGCAUUGAGCCCUGGACACAAAUGGGUGGCGAUUUCAACAGCGCUAUCCUCGCCUCCGUUGGUAUUGGCAGCAGCCCUCUCAGCCUGGACAAUAGCAUCGCGCACCCGUUCUCGUUCUCUGGCUUGCAAGCAGCCGUGCAAACUUGGGUCGAUACCCCAAGCUCCAACUUUGGUCUCAUCAUGCUCGGGGCGGAGCGUCAACCACAGUCAGCCAGACGUUUCGUGUCUAAGGAGGAUACUCGGAGCCAGUAUUGGCCCAAGCUUGUGAUUGAAUAUGACCCACCCAAUGAACCGACUGGUUCAUGCUGUGGGUUGGACGGCGGCUGCACCGCCACUACUGAAGUUGCUUGUUUAGCUAAGGCCGGUGCUUUUGCCUACGGGCCCUGUUCUGAGCGAAGCUGCCCUAUCAAUUGCGAGAACGGAGGCUGCGAACAAGGUGCAUGCUGCUUGCCCGGUAGCGAUGGCUGCAUCAGGGGAUCUGCCGGCCAUGCGGCCAAAUAUACCAUUGCUAUGGUUCAGACCCAAGUGCAGUUGCAUCGCGACCUCGCACCGACAACCAUGUGGACCUACAACGGUACUUUUCCCGGACCCACUAUCGAGGCACGGUCUGGUGAGCCCGUCGAGAUCCUCUUUAUCAAUGACUUGCGAGAUGAUGCUGGUCAACUCCGCACAUCCCAUUACCUGUCAGUGGAAGAAUGCAUUCAUGGUCCAUCCUUUAACAAAGCUGUGCCAUACACGGUUCCACAUCUUCAUGGCGGCGUGAUCCCCUUUCGCUGGGAUGGACACCCAGACUUUCAGUUUGGCCCGGGCGAAAACGAUACGUACAUGUUUCCCAAUGAACAAGACGGCGCAAUGCUUUGGUAUCACGAUCAUGGUCUUGGCAUUACUCGUCUCAACGUCUACAUGGGCCUGGCCGGCGCUUACAUACUACGGGAUCAGCUUGAAACUGAUCUUGGCCUUCCCUCGGGUCGAUUUGAGCUUCCCCUCGUCAUCACCGAUCGCAACUUGAAUUUUGAUGGAACGCUGCGGUAUUCAGAUCAAUGGGUGGGCACAUACACUGGUGAACAUAUGCUAGUCAAUGGCAAGAUUCGUCCCUACACUCGCGUUGAACGAGCUGGUUACCGUCUUCGCGUCCUCAAUGCAUGUGGCACUCGCGUGCUCAUCCUGCGCAUGAGUAAGAAUAAAUUUCACAUUCUCGGCUCGGAACGCGGAAUCUUGGACAAGCGGCGCAAGAGCAAAAGCAUCCGCCUGGCUCCAGCUGAACGUAUUGACUUGUACUUUGACUUUUCCAAGUAUGAGGCUGGCGAGCGCCUACAAUUGGCCAACUACCAUGGCGCUUCUCAUGCCGAAGGAGAAGUUGCGCAGGGCACACCGUUUCUCGAGUUCCACGUCAUCGAGUCUGAGAAGAACAAGAACAAGCCUGACAAAUAUCUGAAUGCCAACCUAAAAAAGCUCAAAGCCAAGUCAAAGUACAAACGACGCGAUUUCAUCCUAUCAGAAGAAAAGGAUGAUUCCUGCGGGGGUAAGGUUUUCCGCAUUAACAAUGGAAGCUGGGAUGAUGUCGAUGUCAAGGUCAAGGCUGGCAAAAAGGAAAUAUGGACUUUUGUCAACAUCAAUGAAGGCCACAUCCAUCCCAUGCAUCUGCAUCUUGCUGAGUUCCAGAUUGACGAACGUCAGCCUAUUGUGUACUUCCCUGGCAACCAAACCUACGUAAAAACAGGCUACGCAACCAAGCCGGAGCAUUAUGAGCGAGGCUGGAAGGAUGUGGUUCACGUUGGACCCAUGGAGUCUGUGACAGUGGUGGUCCAGUUUGAUAAGAAACACUUGGGCCGCUUUCCCUACCACUGCCACGUUCUUGAACAUGAGGAUCACGAUAUGAUGCGCCAGGUAUGCACCAGUAUGUUCAAAUGA